GGGUAAAAAACUUCAAUCGGCUCACGCUCACGCUCGCUCCCGCUCCGGCUUCGUGCAACUAAGGUCGAAAAGCUUCACAAUCACAUACCACCAGAGAGAGGAGAGAGAGAGAGAGAGAGAGAGAGAGAAGGGAAUGGCAGCUGCCGGAAAAUGCAUCCUUGUUACAGGCCCUCCUGCUGUGGGUAAAACAACUCUGAUCAUUAAAGUUCUGGAGACCCUUAAAACUUCUCACCCUAACUUCAAGGUUCAGGGUUUCUACACUCGUGAGAUUAGGCAAGGAAGUGAGAGGGUUGGGUUUGAAGUGGUUACUUUAGAUGGUCGUAGAGGGCCCCUUGCUUCCACCACCAAUUCAAGCCCAGAGUCUUUUAAAUGGCCCACUGUGGGGAGGUACAAAGUGGAUGUAUCAUCAUUUGAGUUAGUAGCAUUGCCUGAGUUGCAGGUCAAGGAAGAUACCGAUCUCUUCAUCAUUGAUGAAAUUGGUAAGAUGGAGCUCUACAGUUCUUCAUUCUUUCCUGCAGUACUAGACAUUCUGGAAUCUAACAUCCCGCUCUUAGCUUCCAUUCCCAUUCCAAAAGGUGGUCGAGAUAUACCUGGAGUUGCGAGGUUGAGAAAUCAUCCAGGGGCAACCAUUUUCACGCUGAACACCGGCAACAGGGAUGCUAUUAAGGAACAAAUUUACUCCCAAUUAGUGAACUUGUUGCAAAAACAUUAGAUGUUACUUCUACAUAGCACACCGUUGUCUUUUGCUAUGCACAAACAGGUUCUUGUACUGGAUAAGUAACUGCUACAAAAUUUCUUUGCUUGAUAGAAGUUUAAUAAGUUCUCAGCACAUUUUGUGUCCAUUUCUUUUGGUAUUUACAAUUUCUGGUCUUUUUCUCAUGUUUUGUAUGCGGGGGUGGAAAUCCGCACUGGUGUGAACAUCAUGUACUGGGACUGUCCUUUAACGGAUAUCCAGUAAAUUUGAUUUUUUUUCACUAUAAAUAAGCAUCAUGGAUUGUAAUUUAAAUUGGAUUUGGAUAGUUGGCUGAUUAUGUC